CGGAGGUGUUCCAAGGCUCUUCCACCUCAUCGUGAAUUUUAUCAAAAUAAACUUCGUAAUUCGCCAAAAUAUUCUAUUUUUAACACGGAUAUAGAUACUAUCCACAUAGCUCUACACUUCCGUGUGAUAAAAACGUGUGAUAUAUUAACAAUCAAGCUGCCAUACUUGAUAUUAUGCUGAUUGUAUCAUGAUUUUUAUGUUUUUGUGACAGAAAUGAGAAAGGGUGAACACUGAAUUCAGUCAAAAACCAAGAUGAGUUUCUUUAGAAAAGUGUUUGGUGGAUCCAAUCAUAACCUUCAGAAUGCUACAAGCCCGGAGAGUUCGCAUCCUUCAGGAAUGCAGGCAAUGUCAGCGACACUACAGCGAAAGUUUGCUCGUGGCGUCCAAUACAACAUGAAGAUCAUCAUCCGCGGUGACAGGAACACAGGCAAGACAUGUUUGUUCCAGCGCCUCCAAGGACAGAAGUUCAAAGAGGAGUACAUACCCACUGAAGAGAUCCAGGUUGCGAGUAUACAAUGGAACUAUAAAGCCACAGAUGACGUGGUGAAAGUCGAGGUCUGGGACGUUGUGGACAAGGGCAAAAAGAAAAAGAAGCAAGAUGGAUUAAAGUUGGACAACACGCAGCAGGGGAUUUUGGAGCUCCACCAAAAUGGCGGCAAACCAGUCAAUGGCAGUAUGAAAUUGGUUUAUGAAGAUCCUUGUCUGGAUGCUGAGUUUGUGGACGUCUAUAAAGGAACACAUGGUGUGAUCUUGAUAUUCGACAUAACGAAAUCAUGGACAUAUGACUAUUUAGAACGCGAGAUAGCCAAAGUUCCCCUAAACAUCCCGAUCCUGAUUCUGGCCAACCACCGAGAUAUGGGCCACCACCGCACCGUGUCGGAGGAAAAGGUCAGGUACUUUGUGGAGGAAUCAAUAAAGUCUGGUCAGUUCCCUGCCAUUCGCUAUGCCGAGGCCUCAAUGAGGAAUGGGUUUGGUUUGAAAUACAUCCACAAAUUCUUCAACCUGCCAUUCUUAACACUUCAGCGAGAAACAUUACUAAAGCAGCUCGAGACAAAUUCCCGGGAUAUUGAAUGCACGAUGGAGGAGCUUGAUAUCCAUGAAGAGUCAGAGGAACAGAAUUAUGACCUAUUCUCUGAUAACCUCAGUGUGCGCCGCCGUGAACAGCAAGAGAAACUCUCAGAGAAGGCCAUCAAGGACGCCAAACUGAAAGAGAUAGACACUGCUGAGGCUGCAUUAGCUGCUGCAGCAAGGAAUCCUAAGGAAAAUGGCCCAGUCGCCAAUGUAAAAAUACCCACUACAGUCAAAUCUGCACCGCCGCCAAAGCCUAUUGCUGGCCUAGACCUGACCAGCCCGCUGCCAUCUCCAUUCUCAACAACCUCGACCCAAGCCACCACGCCAAGUCUUACAACUCCUGCCAGUCAUCCAUCAUCCGUCACAACAACGCCUGCCACGACACCACAGACGGAUGGACAGAAAUCGGGCGGAUUCAUGUCAAGGAUAUUCGGAAAGAAACCCCAGGAUCUGAAAGAGGUGGAGCCUGAAUUGAAUGGGAUUGUACUCCUACCGUUCGAGCACUCCUCGACCUCUCCGCCUCCACAGCCAGUCCCUAUAGUUAUCCCAACCAAUUCCACAGGAAUGUCAUCCGUCAAAAGUGUGGAGGAUUUUGUGCCAGAUGGCGGACUUGAUAGUAAAUUCUUAGACGAUACUAAUUUCAAGGAUUCACGGGGCGCAAAAUCAAGUCCUGCUCAUCGCUUCGAGAGUGACAGUGAUGAUGAAGGUCAUAAUCCGAUGGUUGCUGGUUUCCAAGAAGACCUCGACUCAGACGACGAGGCAGUCAUAUCGGCGAAACCAGUCCUGAGUGUCAAUAUCAACGAAUUGGAACUCUCCAGUGACGAAGAUAAUAAAACUCCUGUGAUAAAAGAAGACAAGCACUUUGACUCUGAAGAUGAGGGGAAAAGUUUCGGAAUAUCAAAUAAAAACUCCACUUUAGACUUCGGUGGGCUGGGUAUAAAAAGUGAAUCACGCUCAAUGUCUUCGUCCAAUGAAAAAACUAUGUCAAGUCCAGAUUUGGGACACAAAACGGAUGCUAGUCCAAAAAUUGACUCUCAUGUAAAUAUUGAUAUGAAAACCGACGCGAGUAAACAAGUUGAUAUAGAACGGACUAAUCAUGUUGGGGUGGCCGCCACUAAUCACGUGGAUGAGAGUGAUACUGAAGGGGACGAGGUUGAUAAUGCUAAUCAUAUAAUGGUGCUUCAAGAUGAGGAUAUUACUAGCGGUGAGGAUGAGGGUGUCAAGGUGACGGUUGCCACGGAGACGUUAGCUGUGAAUGGGAUGCUCAGUAAUGAGGAAAAGAACAAAGAAGAAAGCCCCGUCACAUCGCCAGAGAUAGAAUACCCCGGCCUUUCACUCCAGUUCGAGGAUUUAAGUGUCUUAGAAAAGGGCAUGUCGUUCUCAUCUGUGAGUCCAGCAGUCACGCCCUCAACAAAUAGUGAUGUUGCCGCUAGCAGUAUCCAGGAUACUGACACUGAUAGCGUCAACUCAUCAAAAAAGAAAAAGAAGACAAAGAAAGAAAAAGAGAAGGAAGGGAUUGAGGAAAAAUCAACAAAGAAGAAAAAGAAGAAGAAAGACAGAGGCGAGGAAAAUGGUGCUGACUUGAAAAAGUCGAAAGGUCAAAAUCGCGAUCAGGGAGGCGCAGAUUCCGGUGACAAGAAGAAGAAGAAGAAAAAGAAGAAGGAAGAAGGACCACCAAAGAGUGGGCGGCCGGAGAUGGAUGCGCUUGAAGCUUUUCUUGGGCCAGAUACGGGAAAAUCUGGGGGAGCAGGAUAUGAGUCGUUAUGAGGUUUGAAUAGGAAUCAUGUAUGAAGAUUUGGAAUCGGUUCGAAUAAGACAAAGAGGGGACAGACCAGUGGGUAGGUUUGGAGUUGAUCAGCUUUUGUGUGAUACUACACAUGGCAGCACAGGUAUGAUCCUUCUGCCCACAUUCAUCCUACACUCGAGUUCUAAGUCCCUUUGGUGAAUUCUUCAAGAAUAGAGACCUUACCAUUGAAUUCAGUGUCUCCAGCAAGGUGUCUCCAGUGCUCUUUACAGUGUUGAGCUGAGCUUAUUUGGAGGUCUUCAAACUCUGUACCUUCUCUUGUAAGAUAUGUAAAUACUUGUAUGUCUAUUUCCCUGGGAACCUUCCUGUAAUAUUUCAAAUGAAGCUCUUCCUAUGCCUUUGUGCUUAUGGAUUAUUUAUUUUUGGUUAUAAACUCAAUAGAGAUAAAUAGGAAUUGCUAUAAGUGCUAGCACUCAAAAGAAAUAAUGAAAGAAGUUGUACAGAAAAACAGGAUUGUUUUGUACAGUAGAACCUCUCAAUUGAGGACACCUUCGGGACUGACAAGUGCCGUCCAUAAUAAAGAGGUGUCCUGAUAAGAAAGGUCAAAUCGAAUGGAAACAACCAAUUUGGGACUAAAACUAGUGUCCCUAAUAGAGAGGUUGUCCUUAAUAGAGAGGUGUCCGCUAAGGGAGGUUCCACUGUACUUCUUUCAUUCAAUUUCUGCACUCAUAGGAUAAGGUUUCGAAUAUAAAUUGUGAUCCCUGGAAGUAUUCUCCCAUUUCAAGUAUUUUACCCACCUGGACUAUAAUUGGUGAUAUGAAUAAAGACCGGUAAAUGAUUUUACUUUCAUGAAAUAUCUUGUACAAAUAUAUACACCAGCCCUUUCUGUACAGAAUUGAAAUACAGCAUUUACCGGUACUUGUCUUUAUUUGUAUCACCCAAUGAUUUUGUGAUGUACUUGUAUGCUCAUAUGCUGUCCAGUGAUUUUUUUUUUUUAAAGAGUCAUCAAUCUCUGUACAUGUAUGUACAUGUAUGUAAACAACCAAUAGGCUAGGCUCAGGCACUUUCACUUCAAAUCAGGUAAAAUUUGAAAUGCCUGAAUUGGAAAUUGAUAUGAAUGCUCAUAUUUUGAAUUUGCAUACAUAUGUAUUUACUACUUUAUGUCAGUAUCCCUGUUAAAACAUUGCUAUGUGCAUUGCUAUAAUCAUGUAAAUACAUUUGCAGGAAAGUUAUUUUUGUCAUCGUGAUUCCUUUUCGAUAGUUCAAAGAUUGGUUGAUUUGUCAUGUACGAUGUAAAUAAACUGAUUUAUAAAAAGGAAA